AUGGCCACGAAACGAAAGCUGGACACGGCCACACCAGAGCCCGACGAACCCAUCGACCCCUCAGACGAGUUGAUGUUCUUGUGCUUGGGUGGUGGAAACGAAGUCGGCCGUUCGUGCCACAUCAUACAGUACAAGGGCAAGACCGUCAUGCUCGAUGCUGGCGCCCACCCUGCCUACGAUGGUCUGGCUUCUCUUCCCUUCUACGACGAAUUCGACCUGAGCACUGUCGACAUUCUUCUCAUUACUCACUUCCAUCUGGACCAUGCCGCCUCCCUCCCAUAUGUCAUGGCCAAGACUAAUUUCAAGGGUCGCGUCUUCAUGACCCACCCGACCAAAGCCAUCUACAAAUGGCUGAUGCAAGACUCAGUCCGUGUACAAAACACUCAUGCAUCUGCAGAACAGCCGACCCAGCUCUACACCGAGGCCGAUGUUCUUUCAACUCUUCCCAUGAUCCAGACUAUCGCAUUUCACACUACACACACCCAUGCAGGCAUACGGAUUACCCCUUAUCCAGCUGGCCACGUUCUUGGCGCAGCCAUGUACGUAAUCGAGAUUGCUGGCCUCAACAUCCUCUUUACAGGUGACUAUUCGAGAGAGCACGAUCGUCAUCUGAUUCCUGCUUCGGCUCCCAAGGGUGUCAAAGUAGACGUCUUAAUCACGGAGUCUACCUUUGGCGUUGCCUCUCACAUUCCACGAGUGGAGCGAGAGACUGCCUUGAUGAAGAGUUUGACGGGCGUUCUGAAUCGUGGAGGACGCGUCCUAAUGCCUGUCUUUGCCAUUGGUCGUGCACAAGAGCUGCUUCUGAUCCUGGAAGACUACUGGAACCGUCACCCUGAAUACAGGAAGUAUCCUAUAUACUAUGCAAGCAACCUGGCCAAGAAGUGCAUGCUUGUUUACCAAACGUACAUUGAUGCCAUGAACGACAACAUCAAGUCCAUGUUCCAGAACAGACUUGCUCAAACAGCCGACGGUAGCAACGGCGAAGCAGGUGCUGGAGGCCCAUGGGACUUCCGCUGGAUUCGCAACUUGAAGUCUCUCGACAGGUUCGAUGAUGUUGGCGGAUGCGUCAUGCUUGCGUCUCCCGGUAUGCUUCAGAAUGGUGUGUCUCGUGCUCUUCUCGAGCGCUGGGCGCCUGACCCCAAGAAUGGUGUUAUCGUCACUGGUUAUAGCGUCGAGGGCACUAUGGCAAAGAUGAUCCUGACCGAGCCCGAAAGCAUCCAGGCAGUCAUGACUGGCAGGGUGGGUGGCAGAGUACAGGGCCUCGGCGGGAGAGGAAAGCCAGGCGCCGAGGGAGAAAAGGUCAUGAUUCCGAGAAGAUGUACUGUUCAGGAAUACUCGUUUGCAGCACACGUUGACGGUACCGAGAACCGCGAAUUCAUCGAAGAAGUUGCAGCUCCUGUCGUGAUCUUGGUACAUGGAGAGAAGACAAACAUGAUGAGACUCAAGUCUAAGCUCUUAUCGCUGAACGCGAAUAAGACGACACCCGUCAAGGUAUUCUCUCCAGCGAACUGUGAGGAGCUUCGCAUUCCUUUCAAACAAGACAAGAUUGCCAAAGUUGUUGGUCGACUUGCAAACCAAAUACAGUUAUCAGCUGGCCCUCCUUCUCCUCCCAGUUCGGAUGAAGAAAGCGCAACAAGAGAUGAGAAGAAAUUCAAGACAACAAAGGGGGAUCAGGUGGUCUCUGGUGUUCUGGUACAGAACGAUUUCAAACUUAGCUUGAUGGCGCCUGAAGAUCUCAAAGAAUAUGCCGGCCUAACGACCACAACAAUCUUGUGCCGCCAAAAACUAACGCUUGCUGCUGCAGGCCUUGAUCUGAUCAAAUGGGCUCUGGAGGGGACCUUCGGAGCUGUCAGAACCACAUCAUCGCUGUCCGAAAGCGCCAAAGAAGAAACCAAUGGCAACCCAGCCAAGAUUGAAGAGGCCGACGAGGAGAUAGAGAGGCAACAAGAGACCAUCUUCGAGGUCAUGAGUUCAGUCAGAGUCAAAGUUGCCAACCGUGGCGAGGUCGAGGUUGAAUGGGAAGGCAACAUUGCAAACGACGGAAUUGCGGAUGCCGUUCUUGCUGUUCUGUUGACAGUCGAGAGCAGCCCUGCAGCUGUGAAGCAAUCAUCGGUUCCUCACUCACACGACCAUCACGAGAAGAAACGCAAUCUUCAUGCACACAUUACUCCAUCUGAACGCCUUUCUAGGCUGUGUAUGUUCCUCGAAGCUCAGUUCGGCGAGGAUGCCAUAACUCCCAUUUCGAGGCCUAAACUCAGCAUCUCCGAGGAAGAUGACAGUACCACUUCUGACGAUCCUAUAGCGAAAGAGAAAGCCAGAGCUCAUCUUGAGAUGGUAGAGCUCGAACGCCUUCACAAAGCAGGUAUACCCGUGCCGGGCUUGGAGAUCAGGGUAGACAAGACCGUGGCCAAGGUUUGGCUCGAAACACUCGAGGUAGAAUGCGGCAUGCGAAGCAUGGCUGACAGGAUCCGCGCAGUGGUUGAGCGGGCAGUUGAGGUCGUUGCUCCACUCUGGGAGUAG